GCGCAGGUCCCCCCUCUGUCAAACGCGCCUCUAGCUCCGAAUCCCAAACGUCUUCGCCGUUCCCACCGCCUGUCCCAGCGCAGUCCAGCAGUGGCGCGUGUGAUCAACCGUCGUCGAACCGAAGUAAACACGGCGAGUGCUUUACGUGUGUGCAUCAGCCCCACGGGGCUCCCUCGUGGAUAUGGCGCACUACUACCACUCGCACCACGACCUAUACAAAAAGGAAGACUCGGAAAUCGAUCUUUCGGGAAACGAGGACUCGGACUCGUCGGCUUUGACUGAAGAACCGCAGCAGACCAAAACCAAGAAACCGAUAAACAAGGGACGGUGGAGCAAGGAGGAGGACGCUCUGUUGAAGCAGUACGUGGAAGAGUACAACGAAAAGUGGGACCUUAUCGCGGAGCUCUUCCCCGACCGCUCGGAUGUCCAGUGCCAGCAGCGAUGGACCAAAGUCGUCAAUCCCGAGCUGGUCAAAGGACCCUGGACUAAAGAGGAGGACGAGAAGGUCAUCGAACUCGUGAACAAGUACGGCGCGAAGAAAUGGACGCUUAUAGCGCGCCAUCUCAAGGGCCGCAUCGGCAAGCAGUGCCGCGAGCGCUGGCACAACCACCUCAACCCGAAGAUCAAGAAGAGCGCCUGGACGGAGAACGAGGACACGAUCAUCUACCAGGCGCACCAGGUCCUCGGCAACCAGUGGGCGAAAAUCGCCAAGCUGCUGCCUGGGAGGACCGACAACGCCAUCAAGAACCACUGGAACUCGACCAUGCGGCGGCGGUACGAGAACGAGAACAGGGGCGAGGGGGAGACGCGGAGGGGGAGGACGCGGAAAAACCAGAGUCGGCAAGUGGAGGCUCUCAGUUAUCAAUACCAGAACCAGAACAAUCAGGUUGUGGCUAUCGACAACUGCGACAGCCGGAGCGCUGCCGAUAAUCUGAUAAUCAGCGACGUAAGUCGAGCGAAGCGAGCCGCGGGAGGUUGCGUCAUUGACGGUUGCUUGCAGGACUGGACGUUGGAGACGUUCGACCACGGGAGCAACCAGUCGAGCACGGGCGGGUUCUCGCUCGCCGCCACGCCCAGUCCCGGCUCUCUAACCCCCACCCCCAGCCACACCGUGGUCAACUACGGCUCCUCCCCGCCGAACUCCUCCUCCUUAAAGACGGAGCUGCCGUCUUUCAACUACUUAGAUGUAAAUACGUACAGUAGGCAACCUAGUCCCGUGAAACUAACACCAAUGACAGACGACUUCAACAUGAAACUAUACAACACGCGCGCAAUCAGCCCCCUGAAGAACGCCUCCGAGGACCGCCACUUCAUCAAGACGCGUCUGGCACCAUCGAACCUCAACCAAAACACUCUAGUACCUGUAACGAACACGAUAAACAUGACGCGGGCUUCGACUCCGCCCAUUUUGAGGCGGGGCUCCAAGGCGAGGCGGAGGCGCGACAGCGACGGCGAGUACAUCCUGUCGGACUACGGCGAAGACUCGAAGAAUGUCGACGACUUCGCCGUCAUGCUGGGCUGCAACAGCAAACAAAACGGAAACUCGCCGAUAAAGCAGCUGCCCUUCAGCCCUUCGCAGUUCUUCAACAGUCCGGGAUUCUUCGACGUGCCGCUGUCUUCCACGCCCGUGAAGAGGUACCAAGCGCAGAACACCACACCGUUGAAGGACAGAAGCGUCAAGCCUGAUCGCGACUACAGUCCGUUGAGCACGCCCAACGGGCUUUCCGUCAAAUCGGAGUUGCCCACGUCGGUGCCCGAUCCCACGGUCACUCCCAACAAGCGCUCGUUCAUGGACACGCCGCGGACGCCGACGCCCUUCAAGAAAGCUCUCGCCGACCUCGAGAAGAAGUCCGGCCCUAUUCCGCAGCUGCCUGACACGCCCACGCGGCUGGAGGACAUCACCGAGAUCAUGAAGAAGGAUCAGGAUAUCAGCGCUAAUUACGAGACGGACACGAGUUUGAUGAUAACGAAUGAUAGUGGUUACCUGACGGGCAAACGGAAAAAUGGGAGUGGCUUGGCGUCGGGCAAAGAGAACGUUUUGCCCAAUAAGAGAGUCCGGAAGGCUUUGGCGCCAGCUUGGGCUUCCACUUCGUCGCAGGACAUGUCGUUCGCGGUGGAGACUCCCAGUAAAUCGUUAGGCGACGAUCCAUCAGCGUUAUUUUCAACGCCUUCUUCCAUAAUGAAAGAUUCUCUGGGAGUGAGCAGUCUUAUGGAUUUUGCCCAAUCAGGAUCAUCCAAGCGCCUGCCAUCUGCCAGUGCCCCAUCCCGCGCCUCUGGUCCACGAAGCACCGCCGCCAAGCGGAUCACUUUUGAGGACAGCAGGCCCAGAGCUCCCAAGGUGAGCACACGCGCCGAACCCCUCCCACAAAAUGGCGCCGGCGAGACCACCCAAAGUGAGGUUAUGUUUCUAUUGCAGAUCGAAAAGAUGUGGGCGAUGGUGGCGUGCGGCAGGACGCAGGAUCAGAUCGAUCUGACAGAGAGAGCGCGCAAUUUCUUAAAAACGACGGGACUUAAGCCGCGUUCGUUGAACUUUUAGUACACGGAUUAUGUAAAUAGGACCACGUUACAAAUAUUUUAGUGCAAACGACUUAUCGCAGGUUUUUUAAUUGUCAAGCAUCACUUGAGCGGGCUUCCGUCCACACAGCCGGUUUUCCAAUAGUGUUUCACCUUAACGUAAGAGGGCGCGAGACGGAACCCCGCUGAACACAACACCGUGUAUAGAACUAGUCUAUUUUGUCUAUGUAUGAUUGUUUAUUUUUCGUAAUUAUAUCAUUUAAUAUAUUGAGUUACUAAAGUUGGACGCCCAAAGGUUUAAAUUGUAAUUUUAUUGCCAUGGUAGGUCUAGGUUUUUUUUUUGUUAUCCUUUGGGUCGUUUCGCUUAUAAAGCAUGCUUCAGUUUAAUUUUUGCGUCUAUAUAAUGAAAUUGUGUUUCUGGAUUUAUAUUUAUUUUAUAAUUUUAUGACACUAAAUAAAAUUGGUACUUUUGUAAUAACACUAA